AUGACUCCGACAACCAGCAACGACUUCAUCACCCCCCUCCGCGCCGCCUCCCGCAACCUGGCGCGCGAAUGGGGGUUUUUACGCCCGAAGAUUGCGGGAUCGGACCUGUCGGCUGCUGCGGUGCACGCUCUCAUCGAACUUGGGAAUGGGCGCUCGCUUAGUGUUGAUGAGCUGGCUGCUGAGUUGAGGGUUAGUACCGGGCAGGUGAGGGGGGUGGUGCCUGAGCUUGUUGGGAGGGGGCUGGUCAGGUCAGAGGGGGAUGGUGGUAGUUAUGGGCUUACAGAGGAAGGGAAGGAGACACUGGGGAGGAUCAACGGUUUUGCUCAGAGGCAGGUGGCGAAGGCGCUGGAGGAUGUGGGAGGGGGAAAUGGGGUUACGGCUGGGGAUAUCACGUCUGUGUUUAGGAUUUGGACGCAGGCGCUGGAGAGGGCGAGGGAGGUUGGGGAAAAUUUUCCCACGCCGGCGGUGACGCCGGGGCAGGAGGAGGGUCCGUUUGGGUUGCCCGGGACGGGUGCGGUUGCUGGCGCGGGGGUGGAACCAGCUGUGGCAAAGAGGACGGUUGAGAUCGUGUCUGGAUAUCAGCCUGGGAUUCUGGGGAGGGUGGUGGAGAUGCAUAUGGAGUAUUACUAUCCAAAGUAUAACUGGGGGAGGGAGUUUGAGACGGUGUUUACGGAGGGGAUGCUUGACUUGCUGAAGAGGGUCGGGAAUGGGAAGGGGAACCAGGCUUGGGCUGCGGUGCUCAAACAGCCUGGUGGGAAGGAUAGGAUAGUGGGGACUGUGUUUAUUGAUGGGGAAAUCACGGCUAAGGAAGGGGUGGCGAAGUUGAGGGCGUUUAUUGUUGAUGAAGAAGCGCGGGGGUUAGGGGCAGGGAAAAGACUCUUACGAGCAGCGAUGGAUUUUAUCAUGGAAGAAGGGUUUAGGCAGUGUGAGUUGACAACCAGCAAGGAGUUGAUGGUGGCUAGAAAGAUGUAUGAGACGGAGGGGUUCAAACCGAUGGGAGAGUACUGGUAUGGCGGUUGGUUGGAAGGGGUGUGUUCGAUGGAGUAUUUGUGGGAGAGGCCCGCAGGGAAACAUACGCCAAGUGAGGAUGGAACGCUCAAGGGGAAGGAAGUAUAA